AUGAGGAACCCGCGGGAGCUCGCGGACCGUUCAAGGUAUUGCCGAUUCCAUCGACAGCACGAGCACGACACUGAACAGUGCUACGAGUUGAAGAGGCAAAUCGAGGAGCUUAUCCUCAGAGGACACCUCGGCCAGUAUCUCCGGCCGAACAAGGAGCGGUCGCCUCGACCGGAGGGCCCCGUCGAGCGGCACGUCGAUGUGAUAGCCGGGGGCCCUACAUCUGGGGGUGGCUCCAUGUCGGGCAGAAAGGCGUAUGCCCGAGCCGCUCUUGACGAAACCUCGGGACGCGAGCCCGAGCCCGAGAUUACCUUCCCGACCGGAGCUUCCGAGCGCCCCGAUCAUGACGACGCCUUAGUGAUAUCGGCCAGGGUAGCCAACGCGCAAGUAAGGAGGAUCAUGGUGGACAUAGGAAGCUCGGCCGAUAUACUUUACUUCGAUGCCUUCUAG